GCUGCUGAGGCUGUAGAAAUUCCUUUGCUGACAAACGUAUUGUUAUCUUUCAGGAGCCUGUUUGGUUUGGUUUUUAAAUUUUCUUGGGAAGAAAAUGGCUUUCUUAAUGAAAAGCAUGUUGAGCAACCAGGUCAAGAAUUUAGGACUUGGUGGUGGAGGUGAGGAAAGCAAAGAAGAAAGUGGUCCUUCCGACCCAGCUGCAGCAGCAGGAAUGACUAGAGAGGAAUAUGAGGAAUAUCAAAAGCAAAUUGUUGAGGAGAAGAUGGAGAGAGAUGCAGCAUUUGCACAAAAAAAGGCAGAGAGAGCCUGUCUGAGGGUUCAUCUGAGAGAAAAGUACAGGCUGCCUAAGAGUGAAAUGGAUGAGAACCAGAUACAAAUGGCUGGUGAUGAUGUGGAUUUACCAGAAGACCUUCAGAAAAUGGUGGCAGAAGAUCAAGUAGAAGAAGAAGACAAGGAGUCUAUCCUUGGACAGUUACAGAACAUUCAGAAUAUGGAUAUAGACACUAUUAAAGAAAAAGCUCAAGCCACUUUCACUGAAAUAAAGCAAGCAGCUGAACAGAAAUGUUGUGUCAUGUAAAAGAGAAACCAGGGCUUGAGAGCUUUUUGCAAACCAGAUGAAUUUAAUACUGUAUCAUGGGAGUUGCUGCACGGUACAAGCAAAAUUGAUGGAAUGCCAUAUAGUUCCAAAGCAGUAUGUGUACAUAUGAGAGAGCGAGAGAGAGACUUCUAAACCUCCAGAUUUAAAUCAAUGUAGGAGAUGUACCUGCUUAAAUCACACUAACCUAGAGCUGGUCAGCAUUUUUCAAACAAAAAAUUUUUCCAUGAAAAAAUGGCAUUUUCAAAAACAAGAUUUUUCAUGAAAAAUUGUCAAAUUAUUUUUUGCAAAAAGUGCUGCCUUUUCCCCAAAAUUUUUUAUUGAAAAGAUCAAAAAGUGUAUCAGAAUGGUUUUUAAUUUUUUAACCAGAAAUUGGGUCUUUGGUAAAUGAAAAUGUCCAUAAUCACUGUGAUAUUGUUUUCAGAAAAAAUAAAUCAUGAAAAAUAUGUUAAAAAUGAAAAUUGGGUCCGUUUCAAACACUUCAGAACAAAAAUAAUGUUGAAAUUUUGACAUAUUUUGCAAAACUAGACUUCCCUUUUUUGACCAGCUCUAUGCUAAGCAUAAAAAAAAAUCCUGAAAUGUAUAACACUGCAUCCUAAGACAAAUGCUUUAUGGAUUUAGAACUUGCAGUAGAUGCUGCACAAUCGCAUGGCUCUGAGUGAAUAUAGUGAUUUUUGUGGUGAGUCAAAGAGAGGUGGCUAGCACUAGAGCCAGGAAUAAUGAAUAAUGCAAACUUCCUCCAAUUACUUUAACUGCUCCUCAGUCCUGAACUACAACACAAACUUACUCUUACAGUAGUGGGUCUCUCCUGGACUGCCAUUUGUGCCAAAUGAUGUGGGUUUCUGAUGUUGAUAAAUAUCCAGCAUAGGCUAAACUGAGAUAACCAAAUUUAUUUUAUUUAAUACUUAUUCUACAGGUGAAAGAUGCUGUAGAAAUGCAAAGUAUUAUCAUUGUUAUUAGAUCCCAGAUCUCCAGAAGUGACAGGUGAGUAUUUUUAAAUUCAUGGUGUCACCUUGUACUCCUGCAGUUAUCUUUGUUGUGCGUCUUAUACUAUAUACACAUGUGGUGUGUUAGCAGUGAAUCUGAUUGAAGUCUGGGAUUUGCGCAACUUGAAUAGAAGCUUUGUUUCUUUUUCAGCUGUUGAUUUUUUUUCUCUCCACUAUUUCUCAUGCUUUUCUGUAACUCUAAAUUACAAUUAUUAGCCACUGUAGAAUAUAUUUUACUUCUCAUGAAAUGUGCUAUUUAUAAAUCUCAGAACAAAGAACCAGUGAGAUCAGGAAAGAAGAACCAGUGCACUUGUUAGACAUGAAUAUUUAUCUUAUCUGCAGUUUUAAAGGUAUUUAGAGUGGGCUAAAUCCUAAAUUCCUUACUCAAGACAAGAGUCUGAUCAGCUACACCAGUGUCAAUUCUAAAUAAUUCCACUGACUUUCUUCUCAUUUACACUGCUGUGACAGCAGAAUCUGGCCUUUAGGUUUUAGUCUUGACUCAAGUAAAACUUUCAUCAAUGUCAACCAGAGACUUGCCUGAGUAAAGCCGAAGUAAACGCCAAGAGCCUGAUUUCUCCUUUCACUUACCCUGAUAUAAAGUGGGAGUGACUGUAGCAUAAAUGGGAAGAAUUAGGUCCUGAAUAAGGACUUUGGGAUUCAGUCCUGUAAUCAGGUGAACACUAAGAUAGGAUUAAUCAUAAUUUGAUUGGUUUAGCCCUUUUCAUCCCAAAAGUUCUCAAAGCACAAAGGUAUGCAAUGACCAGCUUCCCGCUGAGACAAGCUUGGCACAGCCUCUACUGGCAGACAUGAGGCAUUUUUUUUUCUGAGAGCCUAUAAUAAGAGACAUUAAAUUAGGGACUAUGAGAUAACUUGUCGAUAGCUAGUGCAGAGCGUAGUCUUGUGGUUAAGGCAGUGAACUGGGACUCAAGAUCAGAUUCAGUGCCUGGUUCUGUCACAGACUUCCUGUGUGCCCUUCAGCAAAUUAUGUACUCUUUCUCUGCUGGAGUUCUCCACCUGUAACACAGAGGUAAUAACACUUCUCUGUUGUAAGAAUACACUAAUUAACGCUCAAUACUGCGGUGACGUGGGCUGUGUAAUUCCUUGGACAGAUAGACCAGGAUGAAACUGACUAAUAUUCUACAAUAUGUGUACCUGGAUUAAUGCUCUUUGAGAGGUUUAUAUGUCUGUCUCUCUCUCUCUCUCCCUCUCCUCCCCCUUAGUUUACAUUGAACAAAUGCAUUAAAAUAUGGUCGCUUUUUCAUUGUGAACACACAGGCCAAACCUGGUCUCACUUAUCUUCCUUGAAACGGCCAAAGGCAGCUUUAAAGUGGACUUUAGAUAUGAGAUCCAUGAAGAGUUCAACAUCACUUCCCCCAGUCCUCCAGUUUUUAAUUACUUCUUCCCAACAGCUUCCACCUUUAAUAUUGGACUAAUGGAUUUAUUUGAGUUAAAACUGGCCUCUGGGGGAUCAGCCCCCUGAACUCCCUAGGGGAGGGAGUGCCUUGUAUCUUUCAGGAUCUACAAAAGUGGUUCUCAAACUUUUGUACUGGUGACCCCUUUCACAUAGUAAGCGUCUGAGUGAGACCCCCCAUUCCUAAAUUAAAAACACUUUUUUAUAUAUUUAACACCAUUAUAAAUGCUGGCUGCAAAGCGGGAUUUGGGGUGGAGGCUGACAGCUCAUGACCCCCCAUGUAAUCACCUCACGAUCCCCUGGGGGGUCCCGAGCCCCAGUUUGAGAACCCCGAUCUACAACGUGGUCAGUGAAGGAGCUUUGUUGAGAAUUUCCAAAGGAAUUCCUGUUUGAUGGUCUUCAGAAAGGAGAUGUGGUUGCUUUGAAAUGGGACCUUCAGAGGGUGGGUAUAAUGUGGAAGUAGCUGGGCAUUCUCAGAGCCCAACGGUAGAUACAGAGAAACACCUGCCUCUCUAUUAUUGAACAUUUAAAGGGAUUCUGUCAACUUAAACCAGGUCUGCUACACACAUUCCUUUUCCUAUGUUACUAAUCAUACCCUAGGUACUAAAUGUGAAAGACCCUUUAAAAUCUAGUGUACCAGUCUUUGCUGAUGCUCUCUCUUUACCUGUUGCAUAUCCCUUGGCUUGGCACUGAAUAUCAAAAGAAGCCAGUUUCACUUUCAGGAUUUGGUGCUGCAAUGAUUGGAUUGCAAUGUUUUUAUUGAUUUAAACACAAUGGUUUUUACUGGAAUUUAAAAGCAUUGAAGAGACAUUUAUAUUGAUCCUAAGCAUUAGUUUUAUAAAGUUUUGCUUUCACAAAAUGUAUAUUUUGCUCAAUUUAAGAGGGCAACAUUCCCUUGGAAUAUAAAGUUCUUCUCCCUUUAUCCCA